UGGCAAUGAGAGUACUUCAUGUCGGAGAGGCUUCUGGUAUUAGUGGAGCCAGUACGGAAAUAAUUCAGAAGAUUCCUUUAGUAAAAUUUAAAGCCUUACGCCGCGAGGGUGGUUCGGAUGAACGAGAUAACCAACAAUCGCCGACUGACACGGUUGUUCUCGUAUUGCCUGAAUCACAAUCGGAACCAUCAUCGACUACGUCUCCACCUCAUGAAAAGUCUAGGCUUAAAAGUUUCUUCGGAAAGGGUACAGCUCGCCCCCCAGAGCCAGAGCCAUUUACAAUUUCAAAUCCCGACGAUGCAGUAUGUUCAAUUUGCCUUUCAUCAUAUGAAGACGGCGAAGAACUUCGAAAUUUGUGGUGUUCGCAUCAUUUCCAUAAGACAUGUGUCGAUGAAUGGCUAAUACUGAAUAGGAGGUGUCCAAUGUGCCGUAUGGAUGUAGUUGAAAUGACGGAACAACAUAAUAAAAAGGCAAAAAAUUCUGCGAAUGGUAAUAGCGAUGAUGAUGCUGGUGAAGGGAGUAGUGGAGGAGGG